UUCACAAAAACAUAAUGGAUUCUCUAGGCGGCGGCAUCGCUAAUGCGGACCUGAGCAAGCUGUCCGAUCGCGACAAGCAGGAACUCCAGCAAUUCGCCAUGAACGAGGGACAGAAGGCUAGGAUUCAAUCUUCCAUACACUCCUUGACUGACACAUGUUUCCGCAAGUGCAUCCCCACGGGGACCGUUAAGAACGGCAAAUUGGAUAAAUACGAGGAGCCAUGUAUGAGGCAAUGUGUGGACCGGUUCUUGGAUGCGAACAUGGUUGUGCUGCGGGAGUUGGAGAGGUUGAGGGGAUAGAGGAAGACAGACCAUAUCACGGGAAGGGAAGUCAAUGGGAAGAGGGAUAUGCAUAUGAUCGCUCGGAACAAAGGUGACGAGGAAGGGUGUAUGAUAACGAAGCG